AUGAAUAAUCAUUUGGAUAUCGACGCUGCUGGGAUACCACCGCUCGCACUUGUCGAGGACCCACUGAUCGACCCGACUCUGGACGCCACGGCAAUUGCAUUCGAUCCCGUCCAGGGAAUCAUGGCCAUUGGAUACGCGACGGGCCAAAUUAGCCUCCACAUGUCUAAGCGCUCCAGCAUCAAACACGCUGUCAGCAUUGGCGCUAUCACGCACUUGCAGUUUGUCCCAGCGCAGGCAACAUUAGCCGCCAUUGACGAGCAGGGCGUCCUGCGCAUCUUCGACACGCACACCAUGCGGAGCUGCUUUGAGUACAGUGUCCCCCAUAUGCCGACAUGCAUGGCGCUAAUUCCGGGCACAGCGUGGCUGCUGGUUGGAACAUACUCCGGCCGGCUGUACUUUGUGGAUGCCGUGGGCGGGCGCAAAUCAGACUUUUCGAUCGGCUGUCGCACAAAACACAAAUCGCCCGUGGUAUCGGUUGAGCCGCACCCUGUCGAGACUGAAAAGAUACUCAUUACUUAUGCCAGCGGCGUUUGUGUUAUUUGCGACUUGGGGCGGGGGCCAUCGGCCGAGUCCGAAAAGGACAUUGUGCUCAGCAGCUACGUAUUCGAACACCAUCCGAAGGGGCUAGGGCACGACAUUCAGCUGGCCGGCGCUGGGUGGUCGCCAGAGGGCGACAUGUUUGCCACUACCUAUAGUAACGGCGUGUUCUGCGUGUUCACUACGCAGUCUGGAUUUGGAGUGGCACCAAUUGUCGCUCGCACCAUUGCCUACGCAGAUGUUUUGCCGAGCGGGAGCGACGCGCACGUUGGGAUUGAGGACCUGGAUUACAACACACAUUAUCUCAAACACGUGCGGUGGUGCACACAUGCGCACCUGGACCGUUCUUUUCUGGUUGUCACUUCUGGGCCCUCUGUCAUCGACCAGCGGCAUGUUUAUGUGUUUAGCACGCUUAAGACCUCUGGCGGCCGCGGCGCAAAAAUCAAAUCAAGCAGCGACAUUUCCAUGAUCGAGCGGUUUGACUUAAAGACAUCAAUGAGCGCACUGUGCCCAAUUCCAGCGCAAUCACCGUGGCGCAAUGGCAAUGAGGACAUUCGUGGGCUGGCUGUUCUAGUGGGAUUUCCGGCCGCCGUGCAAGCGCUGGAACUGGCGCCAGACCUGCAGCUGCGCAUAACUUCUAGACUGCCCGGCGACAUGAAGUGGUGCCAGAAUCCUGCGGUGUCUGUUGUAUGCGAGGCUAGGGGCCAGCUUGACUCCAAGAUCCACCGCAUGCUGUCAAGCACGCUUGUACACGCUUCGCAAUUGCUGCUAGAGCCGGUGCGCACAGUUUCAGAGGAUCCAAGCUCCGAGAAUGCGGUUGACAGAUCCAGCUCCAAAAUAUCCCAAGCAAUGUGCACUGCAGACAGCAUGGGAAUGCUGUCACUCUGGUGUAUCCGAGACGGUACACUCGUGCGCUGCGACGGCGUCGGCGCCGACGUGGCCUUUGUCUCGCGGCUUUUGGGUAUUGAGGGUCAGGUUGCGGCCAUCGAUUGGUAUGCGAGCAGCGGGCUUGUGGUCGUUGCCAUGGAUGGCGGCGAGACACUAUUCUACGUUCUGACCGGAGAUCCUGGUCUUUUGUUGGCACACAGGUACACACCGAACGCCGAGAUUUGCGAGCAGGCCGCCGCAUAUUACUCACAGCCGCUCGUUUCACCUCAUUGGGGUUCUAAGCAGGGCAAAUCCGAUGGUGGCGAUGGUGGCACUGAGGAUACUGGCGCAAGCGCGGUGAGCCGCCCGAUUCAUGGUGACCCGCAGCAAUACCACAUGGAUGCACAUGCCGCUCCGCUGAUGCACACAAAUAUGCACAUCCGCCCCCGCCCGGCAUCAAUAGGUGAGGGCAGCUUUUUUAGGCGCAACUCCAAGCGGCUGUCGACGUCUAUCGGGUCGGUAUUUAGGCGGAGCUCGGCACACGAUACCUUGGCGAAUUCAGCACAUACAGCGUCACACGGCACCAAUGACAGCAUGCUGCGAGCAGGGCUGCGCAAGCUGCGCUCAUCCGUAUCGGAAAAUGGUCCCAAUGACAUUGGACGGCGCUACCCAAUUGACGCCGAUGCGUGGAAGCAGUGUCAACGAGUGACUAGCGCUGAGAUGGACCGCAUGGUCUACGGUCUUCAUUUCAGCGCAACUGAGAUCAAGCGUGUAGCGUUUGGCCGGCCAAGUCACUUGGAUCCCAAGCAUACCCACCAUCGUUCGAGAAAGGACUCGGGGACGCAGUCACUCAACAACACUGAUGUUUCCAAUGUUCCCGGGGAGCAGCAGGUGCAGCAAAAAAACGAGUACCCGUCCUGUGUCUUACUGCCAUUUAUGAUGGCUCGCUUCUACCACAGGGGCAUUGUCGACGUUGUUGUCAGCCAGGACGGCAUUGCGGGAAUCGCUUACAAGGGCGGCACAGUCGUAGUUGUCGACUGCGUUAAGCAGACAGUGCUGCUGACCGACAAUGUCAACCAGAGCCCUGAUCCCUCGCACACUGUUGCCGACGUCUUUUCUGCAUCUGGAACAAAGGGCCAACACGCGCAUUUGCAUGAGACACACCAGGAAAUUACAACCAUGAACAUCUCAUUUGCGAUGCUGCCGUCUGGCUCUGAAUCAGAUGCACAUGUUGAUUUUGCAGCCGGCGAGUACCUAUUUGUCGGUACCUCGCUGGGCCAGGUGCUGCAGUAUUCGAUUGGCAAUGUUUCGGCACCUCCUAUUGUUGCAGCCAAGCUGGAACUUUGCGAUCCUGUUAUAUACGUGUCAAUGGUUAUUGGUGGCCACGAGCCGCAGUCACACCAACUACUGAUUGCCGCAUCACCCUCAUCGAUUGCCGUUUAUGCAGGCUCAAACUCGACACCCACGGCUACAUAUGACGCUCGAAAAGAACACUCCCGCGCCUCGUUGGUUGCUGCGCGCGCAGUAAAACUAGAAUCAGGAUGGGAAGGCGUGGCUGCCAUCAAUAAUAGGGCAAUGGUUGUUCUGCUGACACUUCCCAGCCUUGGCGUAGCCAAAGAGAUGCCACUUUCUGGCGCGCGGGGCCUAAUCAAGUCGGCAUUGGACGUGCAGAUUAGCGAAAGCGGGCAUAUUCUGCUGACGAGUCCCAACGGAUCGCUGUUGCAAGCGAGAAUCACCGACUGUCCAAGCAGUUCAGAAAUUGAGGCAGGUUCUGGCUCUGGAAAAGGAAUGAAGUCAGCAUUUUUUGACUCUGACUUGCACCCGCCACCGCAGCCAGCACGCAAGGGCAUCACGUCGUGGCUGCUUGGCAAGUCGUCCAACGCGGCGCCAGAUAUAGAUUUGUUCCUCAGCGCACAUUACCGCAACCUGCUGAUAAACGGUGGGAUUAAACCCAGCGGCGGCGUACCUCCCAAGCAGCCACGCAAUGAGCCACGCUCAGAGAGGCGCGAGUCUUCUAGCGGAAGACAGAGCACUGUUCGCGAUAAGAUUGGCACAGUCGACACAGACGAUUUCUCUGGCAUGAGGACCAUGGCCGAGCGGCGUGGCCAGCAGCUGGACGAUCUCAACGAGUCAUUGCAGCGCACAACUUUAGAAUCACAGAGCUUUCUCAACGAUAUCAAGGCGUACAACGCCAAGCAAGAAAAGAAAAGCAAGAGAAUGUUUGGCCUGCUCUAA